CAUACGUGGACAUUAACAAGUCCACUGUACUCCUGGAAAGAUUUAAAUCCGUUUCUCCUGCGGGAUAGGAGACAGGCCACUUCGAAUGAAGUCUCGAAAUGCAGCAGUCCCAUCGCCGUUCCACCAAAGUAUGCACUCGAUGCAGAAAGCGCAAAACCAAGUGUGAUUUCAAAUUUCCGGCAUGCACAUCAUGUAAAGUGGCCAAAGCCACGUGCCUGGGGUAUGACCCAGUAACCAAAGAAGCGGUUCCAAGAAGCUUGGUUAGAUCCUUGGAAGCACGCCUGGCAGAGCUGGAGGCUCAAGUGCGCGCCUAUCGAGAUGUGCCACAAAACAUUCCUUACCUGAUGGCUUCGGAGAUCUCACGAGCGACGUUAUCGUUCGGGAUUCCUCCUCCUGCGCCGUAUCUACGCACGCGGCUCUCUUCUGCUCUUCUAUUCCACCCAUCAUGCCCGCCACUCGCUUUGGUUCGAGACCGCGAGCGAGAUCCGUCCGAGAAGAAGUCCCCGAGUCUCCACCGCGACAACAGUGGCAAAGAUGCCCAGAACAAGCAGAAUUGCCUCGAUCUUAACAGCGUGCCAUUUUCAGCCAUCCGACGCAUGAUUCAGAACUAUCUGGAAAUCCUCCUUCCGCAGUAUCCCUGCGUCUCCGAGUCCGCCCUCCACGAGAUGGUGGAACGCCUCCAGGACGAAGAACUCCGAGACACCAACAGCCUGCUCGUAUACGGCAUCCCACCGUCGGCGAAAUUGGGACAUUUUGAGUAUUUUGUCCUUUUCAUAGUAAUGGCCAUAUCGGCCAUGACAUUGACCUGGAAAGCCGAAGACCAAGCCCGCACGGCAUCAGAGUCGUUCUACAAUUCAGCCCUCCGUCAUCUCCAAACGCUAAGCAACCACGACGAAAUGCAAGCGCUUCAAAUAUCUCUCCUCCUGGCUCACUACGCGCAAAUGUGUCCCGAAAGAGCCGAUAACUGGAUAUGCAUUACGAACGCAGUCAGGAUCGUUUUGGACUUGGGCCUACACAAACAGUCCCCAGAUUGCUUCACGCCUGAACAAGUGAGUGUACGCUCGCGGCUUUUCUGGGUGACAUACGGGAUGGAGAGAUCGUUGUGUACGAAUUUGCGUCUACCGCUAUCAUUCCCAGAAGAGGCCGUAACUACAAAAUUUGAAAUGUCGUCCCCCAGCGACACAACUGUGUCGUUCCUCGCACACGAGGAUAUUGAACGCAAAUCGUCGGCCAACCACAUCUACCUCUACCGGGCGCUCGAGACCGAGGUCCACCGGGUCCUCCACCUCGAAGACGACCUCGCAGCGUUCGGUGGCCAGGCCGACAGUAUCGACGGCUGGAUCGCCGACAUAUCUGCGCGGCUGGACACUUGGUACGCCAAGGCGCAGUCGUACACACAAUACAACAUGCUCGAGUUCAAGCACGUGCAGUACCACCACCUCAAGGCGCGCAUCCACAGGCCGACGCCGCGGCUGAGGGUACGCACGCCCCAGGACCGCCGGCUCGUGCUCGAGUCGGCCACGAGGUUGAUCGAGGACUACGAGGGCCAGAUCCGCCGCCGCCGACUCUUCUACCCCUGGCACGGCGCCCACAUCCUCUUCGAGGCCGCCGUCAUCGCCCUCGAGGCUUGCUGGUCGUCGCGCGACUGGGAGCCCCUGAGGGCCCAGGCCAGGCUCAUGCUCGACGACUCCAUCCCCCGCUGCCUCCAGGCCCUCACGUACAUCAGCAGGCGGUGGAACGAGGCCGCCGUGUGCGCGGACCGGCUGGCCCCCGUGGCGGACAAGAUCGCCACCGCGUUCGCCAUUGUCGGUCCCGACGACGACGGUGCGGGUCUCCGCAACAACAGCACCAGCCCAGGUGGUGGCGGGGGCGGUGCGUCGUUCCCGCGGUACGACGACCCUUGGAUCACGGACGAGAUCCAGAGGCUGCUCUUCUCCGACGGCCCGUUGACCUGGAACCAGGCACCUCAAGUCGACCAGCCGUGGGAACUCGAUGACAACUUCUUGGCCUUUGACAAUUCGGCCUUUAACGACAUCGAGUUGUUUCAGUGGGACCCCGACUGGGACUUCAUGCCCAUCAACACGGAACAAUUGUCGGUAGACCUAGACCAGACUAUGUAACUAAAUUAGGGAACCUAGGAUCUACGCUUCGGAUGUACAAACAGAACGAUGAAAUAAUCUACAGCGAGGUAUUUAUGAUACAUCAGAGCCGUGGGAGUAUAAGCAUAUCGCGGGGGUAUAACAUAUCAUCAUCUAAGGGCAAGAAGAUAACAAACAACGGGUUGACUUUGCAAUUCUGGA